CGCUCUAACUUGCUCUAUAGCCUCUUCGGUGGGCAAAUCUAGCAGACUGCAGAUGAGAGCUUCGUUAUUGUGUGUCUAUGAUGGUACUUUAAACUGUUGGUCAUCUAUAACAUAUAGCUCACGUGGUGUACAUCAGAUUAAGCAACUUUCAGUUUCGAGAGCUUGUGUUUGGAAAUGGUUUGGCUCCGUGGAUCUAAAGUGCUGUCCCUGCUGUUGACAGUGUCGCUCUGUCUCUGUGUGUCACCUUCUCUAGACACAGGUGCCGUAGAGUUGAAGUACACCAAGACUCCUAUGGUUGGGACUGAGGGCAUGCCCUUGAGGCUCACGUGUAAGGCAGUGUAUGACACAAAACAAUGUGGUCGUAUUGAUGCCUUUUGGUGUCAUCACACUUUGGAAGAGUGUCCCAAGCUCAUUGACCUCGGCAAGUACCUCACUGUUGUCAACGAGAAGGUUAUGGAGGACUACAAUGUCAGACAAAGACACAUUGUAACAGACUUCAUAGAACUGACCCCUGCUGACCAAGGAGUCUAUCAGUGCAAUGCAGUAUGUGAAAUGGGAGGCCAUACUGCCAUGGGACACUACAUAAAUAUCACAGUCAAAGCAGCUCCAAUAGUUGAUCAAAGAAAGGCCAACAAUGGUGGACUGAACUGGACAUACAGCACUGGAACAAUACUGUGUUCCCUUCUCCUAAUACUGGAGUUACUUGAGGCAAGAUCAAUAACAAAGUUAAUCAUUGAGCUGGUCUGGUAGCUGAUGGCAGAUGGCGUCAAGGCUGAAAAUGACCUAUCAAUUAUAAUGGAGAUACCAUCUACGAUACAGAUUUACAGUAUAUCAAACCCAAACAUUUAACUGAAAUGUUUUACAUAUGUACAAAUAAGGUGCCUUUUGGCUCAAAAGACUACAACAUUUAUAGUCAUUGGCUAAUAGUUUACUUAACAUUUAUGAAAAAUAAAAAUGUGUUAUAAACCAGCUUCAAACAUGUAUGUUGGAAGACAGGAGGGUUUGUACUACUUAAAUUAAAAUUCAAUUUCAUGGAAUUUCAAUGGAAUGGAAUGCUCAUUUGUUCGCUCGAUCACAAUUUUUUUCCAGUUGGCAUGCGUGCUUAUUUCUAUUUAAUUUUGUUCUCUCCCCUGUUCUUGUCACGGUGGGCUAUCUCUCUACACCUCUCAGGUCUGUGUCUGUUAGAGGAAAUGCCCAUACAGGACAGGAAACCACACAUAGCAUUUGCACAAACGGAGGACUGAAGCAAUGUGAGCAGAGGUAGUCGCAGUCCAUGUGGUUGGAAGGGUGAGGGGGAGUAAAAAGGGUCUGGUAGUCUUGUGAUGUU